UUGCUAGCAAACAAAACAUAAUCAUUGAAGCGUUUUAGACCAAUCUUGUGUAUAUUACUCUUCGUGUUUUGAACAUUCAUCUGUUUACUUAUCUACUAGCUCAUUUCAACGUAAUUUGCUUGUGAAAUUAGCAACAUUGAUACGGCAUUAGGCUAAUCUCCCGGAGCAUAAACUCACUAAACAAGACGGAGAAAGAAACUGGUGAAAUUAGAGAAAUAAGCUUUCAGAAUGAAAAGGGAGGAAGAGGAGGCUAUCACAGUGAAAGAAGAGGAUGAUAUUACACUGAAAGAGGAAGAUGGGAAAGAGGUUGUCAGAGUGGAAGAGGAGGUAGAAGCUUUCAGAAUCAUAAAGGAGGAAGAUGAGAAUGUAGUGAAAGAAGAGGAAGAGGAAGACGUCUUGGGAGUGAAAAAGGAGGAGACUGAAGAACUGAUUAACACCAGAGAGAGACAUGACUAUGGUGGAUCCUCUGGGGAGCUUCAACAACAUCCUGAUGCUGACGAGGCAGAGAAGAGUCUCUCCAGAUCAGAACACCAGAUGGACAACGCUAGCCCUUCCUCCCUCCCGGAGUCCCCGUGUCGUACCUCUCCUGGUAGCACCUUACUGCUGGGUAUGAAGAGGUUGUCUGUGCUGCUGGUGGACUGCAGGAAAACAUUGGGGCUGAGUGGAACUGUGAGAGGAGGAGAAGAGAAGAAAGGAUCAGAUUUGACUCAUCAAAGAGGAAAACCAAACUUGAAGGAACCAGAGACGACCAAACCAGCAAGACGACACCUCUGCUCCCAGAUUGGAAAGAGUUUUACCAAGUUAGGAAGCCUGAAAAGACAUGAGAAGAGUCUCACAGGGGAAAAGCCUUACCACUGCUCCCAGUGUGGAAAGGGUUUUAGACAGCAAGGAAGCCUGAAAGCUCACGGCCGAAUACACACAGGGGAGAAGCCUUACCACUGCUCCCAUUGCGGAAAGGGUUUUAGACAGCAAGGAAGCCUGAAAGUUCAUGGCCGAAUACACACAGGGGAGAAGCCUUACCACUGCUCCCAUUGUGGAAAGAGUUUUAACAGGUUAGGAGGCCUAAUAACUCAUGAGCGAAUACACACAGGGGAGAAGCCAUACCGUUGCGCCCAGUGUGGAAAGAGUUUUGGCUCGUUAGGAAACCUGCAAUCCCAUGCGCGAUUACACACGGGGGAGAAGCCAUACCAUUGCACCCAUUGUGGAAAGAGUUUUCGCAUGUUAGGAAACCUGCAAUCUCAUCUGCGAAUACACACUGGGGAGAAGCCAUACCAUUGCACCCAUUGUGGAAAGAGUUUUAGCAUGUUAGGAAACAUGAAAGCUCAUGAGCAAAUACACACAGGGGAUAAGCCUUACCACUGCUCCCAGUGUGGAUCUAGGUUUACCAGGUUAGGAAGCCUGAAAAGACAUGUGGACACACACCGAAGCCUUUCCAUUGCGCCCUGUGUGGAAUGAGUUUUAACCAUUUAGGAGACCUGAAAUUAAAUUAGAGAAUACACACAGGGGAGAAGCCUAACUAUUGCGCCCUGUGUGGAACGAGUUUUAACCAUUUAGGAAACCUGAAAAGAAAUGAGAGAAUACACACAGGGGAGAUGCCUUUCCUUUGCGCCUAGUGUGGAAAGAGUUUUAGCUUGAUAGGAAACAUAAAAUAUGAUCUAAAUACACCCAUGGGAGAAGCCUUACAAAUGUCACUUAUAAGGCACGUGAGGAUCCACACAGAGAAAAAUAACUUCUCCUACUGUGUAAACUGAUAUUUCACAUCACAUUGACUUAAAAUUCAUCAGAGAACAUACACAGUGCUCCCAUUGUCUUAUUUUAUUAACUGACAAUGUGUUUAAUUGUUUAUAGCAUACUCUAAAAUAUAUUUGUAUGUUUUUAUUAGAAAAUAAAACUGAAUAUGGAGUCUGUCAGUUUGAAUAUAGAGUAGAUCAGAUUCCAUGUGUU